ACCGGCUCGUUGAACUGAAACGACAGCGACCUUCGCGUCCACAAAAUGUCCACACAGCAGCGGUCACAAAAAAGAAAAAGCCAUUAAAUAGCGACAUUUUUGACGUCAGCAGACCGAUUUAUUUUUUGAAAACGUGUGGAGAUAAAGAGCAAAGUGAAGGUUCAGCCACACAGCAACUCAUCAGAGCUGCGGAUGAUGGAAUUCAGUUUGACUGGCUGUGCGCUGUAAGGAGCAAUAAACUGAGCAGAGAACUGAGGAAGCGAGAAGUUUUAACCCUGAAACGAUAAAGACUGCAUCUGAGAACAUGGCUUGGCAAGGCAUCCCCUGGCUUCUGAUUCCGUUUAUGUUGAGCAUAACUACUGCGGGUGCAGGAGAUCCUAAAGCUGAACCGACGACAGACUUCUCUCUUGCUCCUGCUAUGGGGGUGAUGGAGGGGGAGAGGCAGAUCAUGACUGAGUCUCAGUAUAAAUGCCUGGAGUUGUUGAGCAGAGACGGGCAGCGCAAUAAAACAGAUUCCCACUGCAGCAGGUUCUGGGACGGCUGGCUGUGUUGGGAUGAAACUCCCAUUGGGACGUACGUUUCUCAGAGCUGUCCUGACUUCCCCACUUUCGACACCUCAGAAAAAAUAACCAAAUAUUGUGAUGAGUCUGGUAAUUGGGCACACAGUGUCUCUGUUAAUAACACCUGGUCCAACUGUCUCAGACCAUCUAAGGACAAAUCAAAGAAGGGCUCAGCUCAUGGCGUCUUGGAUGCAGAGGCAGAUUCCACAGUGGAGACUCUGGUCAGUCCUGUGGUCACUCAAAAAGCAGAGGAGAGGAAGAAAAUCAUUGAUGGCCAAUAUAAAUGCUUUGAGAAAAUGAACAGGGACCUGCCAUAUAACAAAUCAGGUCCAUACUGUAACAGGACAUGGGAUGGCUGGCUUUGUUGGGAAGACACACCUGCAGGAACAUACACGUCGCAAAACUGUCCCAACUACUUCCCUGACUUUGAUCCCACAGAAAAAGCCACAAAGUAUUGUGACGAGACUGGAAACUGGUUCCGGCACCCUGAGACAAACAGGACCUGGUCCAACUACACCCUCUGCAUUGCCUACACUAAAGACAAGUUAAAGAUGGCGUACAUUCUGUACUACAUGGCCAUUGUCGGUCACGCUUUGUCCAUUGCAUCCCUCCUCAUCUCUUUGGCCAUAUUCUUUUAUUUCAGGAGUCUAAGCUGCCAAAGGAUCACCUUGCACAAGAAUCUUUUCUGCUCCUAUGUGCUCAACUCAGCCUUCACGAUUAUCAACCUCAUAUUUGUGGUCAACAACCCUAAAGUGGUGGAGAGGAACCCGGUUGGCUGCAAGGUGCUGCACUUCUUCCACAUGUACAUGCUGGGCUGUAACUAUUUCUGGAUGCUGUGUGAGGGGAUCUAUCUGCACACUCUCAUCGUGGUAGCUGUGUUUGCUGAGGAGCAGCACCUUCACUGGUAUUACCUGUUGGGCUGGGGAUUUCCACUGGUGCCUGCCUCCAUCCACGCUGUGGCAAGGAAGAAGUACUUUGAUGACAACUGCUGGAUGAGUGUGGAGACCCAUCUGCUGUACGUGGUUCAUGGCCCCAUCGUGGCAGCUUUAUUAGUGAAUCUGUUCUUUCUGCUGAACAUUGUGCGGGUUUUGGUGACUAAGCUGAGGGACACUCACCGAGCGGAAUCCAACAUGUAUAUGAAAGCAGUGCGAGCGACCCUCAUUCUCGUGCCCUUAUUAGGCAUCCAGUUUGUCAUUUUUCCCUGGAGGCCAGAGAACCGUUUAGCUGGGGAAAUAUAUGACUAUAUCAUGCACAUAUUACUGCAUUACCAGGGUUUGCUAGUCGCAACAAUAUUCUGCUUUUUCAAUGGAGAGGUUCAGGCCACUCUGAAGAGGCAGUGGAUGCAGUAUAAGGUGCAGUGGGGUCAGCGGCGUCGCGAACAUUGCUCCAUGCGUUCCACCUCAUACACCACAACCUCCAUCACAGAGGUGCCUACCUUCACGUUCCACCAUGACUGCAACAGCGAACACUUGAAUGGCAGGCAUGCAGACGACUCUGAGCUUGUGGCACUCAAGGCCAAGGAGACCUACGCCUGAGGCACCAAACAUCAAAGAUACGCUUGUGAGUGCCAUAAGACAGCAGAGAAGAGAAAGAAGGAGGAAACCGGAGAAUCCCUUACUAGGCGAUCACACAGAUAAAAGUCCUUGCAGGUUCUCCAGUUCCUGCGUGUUGGCAGCGGUAUCUCUGCUGAGACAUGUCCUGAGGUAUAUCACUGUUGUUUUUUUCUUUCCUCUACAGUUCUGCUGCUCCUGCUGCAUAGAAAAGACAGAUAGUCUGAGGCGGCAUUCCUGAAGAAUGUGACACAUUUUAGCUGCUAAACCCAGGCCCUCCUAGAUCUUUCUGGGCCCAAAGUCACAAGCAGAAAUGUUGCUUUGCCGAAACCAAAGGGUGUGUUGGUUUUGUUGGAAACAGAGAGGCACUAGAAUCGUGGACAAGAGCCUCCAGAGAAUACAGGCCACUCAGCAAGUGUCUCCGAAUGAAAAGAAGUGGUGAAUAGAAGAUCCUCUGUGCCUAAGUUCUGGAAUCCUGUACAUACACUCAUCAGGUUCACUUUAAAAGUGUCAAAGUAUGUCAUGAAGAUUUUAAUUUUUUCUGACGGUUGUCUUGCGACCCGAAAUCACUUUUUGUCUGUGUUGUUGGACUCGUGACUUUGCUGUUUGUGCAGCUGUGCUUUUUGCUAUCUGUGUCACAAGAGGAACGUGCAAUGGGAAAAUGAGACGUUUUUAGGAGUGUUUUAAAGAAAAUUUAUAUGCUUACAGUGAAAGUGCAUAAAACAUGCAUUGUGAAAACGCUGAGAUGAAAGGCAAAGUGAACAUGGUGAAUAGACCUUUGAGUUUCAUGUUUAAGAAUACAGUUUGUCUGAUCAAGGCCAACACAGUCCAAAAAGCAUCUUCAGUGUUUAAAGUGCUACAUUCUUGUCGGCAAGGUUUGACAUUUAUACGUUUUCUCAAAGAUACAGUUUUUUUUCUCUAGGAAAAAAUUUAAACAGCACUCUUUCUGUUUUCUCUCAUGGUCUCAUCCUGUAGUCUGGUCUAUUAUCCAAGGUUCUUUGGUCUUUUUUUCUAGUUGGAAUCCAACUUGUACGCUAUAGGUGACGUGCACUUUGUGGUAUGAAAAUCAUUUUGUUUCAUAGUCCCUCUUUUCAUUCUUUGAAAACAACCUCAAGCUCACUGAAUGUAAAAUGACUGAAGUUGCAUAAACAAUAUAGUUUUAAAUUCUAAAAGAAAUUCUAAAUGAACAGUAUACUUUUAAAUUAUAAAUAUGCUUUACAAAUAUGAUGAAAAUGCAGAUAAUUCUAUGCUAUACAAAGAUAUGUAAAAUAGUUUUUCUCAUAAAUGCUAUGUAAAGAUUUAUAUUUUAUAGCUUGAGGAAACAAUACAGCUAUCUAUUGAUAUACUGUCCAUACUGUGUUUUUUUCAAAAUAUUAAAAAUUUCAUCUUUGUGAUUUCAUUGGAACUGUACUUUUUUAUUUAAGCGUGAAGCUAAGAUUGUGUAUACGUGUAAUGUUUUGUAAUUGGGGAGUCUGAGGUAAAAUCUUGACAGGUCAGAUUUCAUUGGGAGUUUGUCAGUAUACUAUAUUUACCAUGUAAAUUUGUAUGGCUUAACAUGGUGUUGAUUUAUCAUGGUGUACAUACUGCCAGUCAGUCAUGAAGCUCAUCUGAGGUGCAUUUAUAAAUUAUACGCUGAAAGCUUGUUUAAGUCCAAAUUAUGGCUGUUGCUUUUAGCAUUUCUAUUGCCUGUAUGGGCCUGCUACCCUGAGGACUACAGUGCUCUUGAAGUGUCUUAUUUAUCUGUUUUUUGUUUUUUGUUUUUACUUUGAAUAAUAGUGAUUAUAGGCAUGGUACAUGUGUUUCUGUCACCCUCAUAAAUUCAUAAAGUAUACUGGAUGCUAGAGAGAGCUCUCUAACAUUAAUAAUACAUACUGUAAUUCGAUUCUAUAAAAAAAUUAAGGCCACAUGAGGGAUUUAUAAAGCAAUUCGUCCCUUUAUAUAUCAUAUACCUGUUGAUUCACGAAUAUGCUUCGUCUACAAGCGUUACUUUCAAACCAAAUUGAGGCACACCAGUGAUUACAAAAAGAAAAAGUAGGCAAAUCAGUUACAGCAUUAAUACACAACUUUAAAUUACUAUUUAUUUUUACUCUUGUGUGCGGCCCCUUCAUACUGUGUUUACAAUAGUUAUUCGGAAAUUCCAGACUGUGGCUUUAAUGCAUGAUGUAGGUAUUUAAACCCAGAUAUAUCUUGGUGUGUAUACAAUGGCCUUGAUGAUGCCAGCAUGCUGCAGCUGUAUGUGACUAACAUUCCAAGCCUGCACACAAUGCAUUAUGCCUCUAAGUCUUAGCUCUGUCCACAAGUUACUUUAGGUUUCAAAUUCAGACUGCAAAUAAAAGAUGUCCCCUUCUACUGCUGAUGCAUCUUCAUUACAGACAGGGGGACAACAGCAGGCAACAGUAUUGUAAACUCAGUAUUACAUCGGAUUUUUUUUUCUUACUUUGAUACAUUGCUAACUGCGUAUUUAUCAAAUAUCAGCCAUGCCUUGACUCACAUAUGAGCAACAAAAUUUUUAACAUUACUUCAUGUAAUAGUGUUGUCCAAUCAUGCAGACAGUAUAUGUUGGUUCAACAAAUGCAUGUUGCAUCAACAUAUAUUCUUACCCGUUUGUAACAGGAGUUUCGUCUCAUGUAGCUAGUUACUGUGCAGUGAUUUGAAAAGUGGGCAGCAGAGGCCUCUUAUUUUUGAGACUUUGAUGCUAAUUUAAAGACCUAACAUCGUGACUAAUUGCAUUGAGCUAAAUGAACGUUCAUGACUGAGAUGUGGUCUAAUCUGUCCCAUGGCCGUUAAACUAGAGAGAGCAGCUUGUGAUAUUUCUGGUAGAGAUGUCAUUUCCACUAAGCAUCUCCAUGCACAGGUGCUGAACUGACAAAUGCCCUCUGUUCUCUGCUCUUUUCUCAGCCUCUGUCACUUCUUGGAUGCUAUAUGCCAUCUGUUUACAACCAAUAUGAGUCCAUAAAAGCAGCCAUAAAAUUUAUACUGCUCUGGAUAAACAGAUACUUGUGUUUGAUGUUCAUCAUUUAAACGGUUGUUGUACUCAUGCUUUGAAUAAUUAUGCUCUUAUUCUUCAGAAUUGCCUCGGAAAGAAGAAAUACAUUUUACUUAAAAGGCUUGGAAUGUAGCCCUACUGCAUCAAGUACUUUAACAAUGUAGAGCUCCAUGACACAGAUGCACUUAAAAUCAACUGAAGGAAAGAUUGCAGAGUAUAGUAUAUAUUUGUAAACAUCAGUGAUGCUGUCACUUUAAACUGCAGAACAGUAAAAUGUCAUGAAGGCACGGUUCAUUCUCAAAGUAAUUCAAUGUUUCUUUUUGUCAAUCAAAAACCAUUACAUGUUUAUAGUGUGCUGAAAUUGGCCAAACGUAUAAACAGCAAUUGCAGGAGCAGUUGAAUCCACUAUUGAAGCAUCGUUUAUGAACUAAUUGUAUGUGUGCAGAUGCAUAUGUAUGUUUAUUUAGACCCUGUGAAGGCCUGGAGAUUUCUUGUCUUGUAAUAAGUUACGUAUGCGUAUGACUCAACCAGCAAGAUUAACUACAAAGACAAGCAAUAAUUUGAUUCUGAUCUAAAUUUAAUUCUUGCAAACUUGUAAUCAAGUAAUGUUAUUAUACUCUGCAGAAAUAUUUAGUUGUUGAUCUGCCAUGACAGAAAUUCCCUUCCCUUCAGUCUGGGCUAAUAUCUCUGCUUGUUUUUGAAAGAGAGUUUUCUGUAUAAAGUAAUACAAAAUAACAGAGAAAACCUGGUGUUGUGUCUUCAGUCCUUUAGAAACAAAAUGAAAGUAGAACAAUAAGAACAAUUACUGAUCACCUGUAGUCUUAAUAAGAAGAUGAUGAAAUGAUUAAAUGUCUGACGAUGCAAAUAUUGGAUAAUAUUAUUGAAAAUAAAAACUACUGACUGACGAUCAAUUUACAGCCAAUCCCCACAUAACUGAGCAUGACUGAAAGAAUUAGAGUGUUUCAUUGCUUUAAGCAUUAUACAGUGUUUUGAGUUACCCCAGUUUAAUGAUUUUGGCAAAGCAUGUUUUGUAUGUGGAGAGAGACGUUUUGUGUGGUCAGUGUUACACUGUGGACAUGUUUCAGGCUUUGUUUCAAAAGUAUUCAUCUUACUGCAUUUUCCCUUAUAUGUUUUAUUUGCCAUUUUCCAGAGAUGGCAGUCUGCUGUUCCUUUUUGCCAGUGGUUUGUUAAGCUAUUCCAAUCAGAAAUAUACUCAUGGAAAUGUUAUGCUGAGAUGUGUGGUUUUUAUAUUUACCUAAAUUUUGUUUUGUCCUACACUCUUAAAAAUGGAUCCUCAAGCGUUCUCCAGUGAAAACAAAUGGUUACAUAUAGAACCAUGAACACUCAAAAAAAGAACCAUUUGAAUGC